UUCCUCCUUUUGUGACAUUGCUAAAGGUUGUCUGCCCUUGGCUUUAUUUUCUCACAUCUUAUUCACUAUUAAUCUCGUGUCCAUCUUCAAAAGCCAUCAUAUUUUCAAAUCCAUUGCAUACUUCUCUACCUCAUCUUGCUUGACCUCUCAAUACUACUAGAUAUCCUCUCUUGGCUUCCAUGACAACAACAUCCUCUACAAUUUCUUUUUCCUUUCUGAUUGUUUUACUUUUGUUUUCCUUUUCUGACUCUGCUUCAUUUGCUCAUUUUCUGUGUGUUUGUUUUCAUACUUCUGUCCCUGCCUUUUUUCUUUAGCCCCAUUUACUUCUAGGGUUUUUGCUGCCUUAAGAUUAUUAUAAUUCUUAAAAUUCUUAAAGUUGAUCAUUUCUAAUAUCACAGACAGCUAAAGCUAGCUCCUUAAGUUAGUCAGUGCACAGGAUGAAAACACAUUACAGUUGUAGCUAGAGGCGCUUCUGUUGAAGGCCAGGCCUCAAGAUAGUGACAGGAUGACUAAGCCUACAUGCCUCCCCAUGGGAUAAGCAAUAUACUAUAAUUGGUAUUACCUGGUCCAAUAAAGUCUAGAUAGACAUCAGUCACCCAGGUGAUGACUAGGACCUCCUCAUUCAUCUCUUCCUAAAAAGGGUCUUUGUUCUUUCCAUGUACACUUGCUACGUGACCUGCUUCUCCAUUGGAUCAAUAUUACCUAAGGGGCUACACUUAUAAUCUUAUUGGUUGAUCAUAGUUUUGACUCAUGUUGUAUUCACCUCAUGAUUUUGUACCCAACUUGUGAUUUUUGCUCUAUAAAACUUCCUUUGAAGGGUGAGCUCAUUAGCAACCCAAUUUCAGGUCCCCUUCUGUCUCUCAGGAGCUAUCUUUCCAUAAAAUUUUCCUACUCUUUACCUCCUUUGUUCCUUAGAAUUCAUUCUUCAAUUUUGGGGAACACAAACGUGGCAUAUCUGACAUCUAUCAGAUUGAUAAUUGCAUUUAUUUCCUCUAUAUCACUACCUUUAGAAAACAAUGUAUAAGCUGAUUAUCUUUUUGCUAAGCUCUCUACAAUUUUGCAUUUCCAGUCACCUAUUUUGUACUUGCGUAUCUAAUAUACAUUUUAGUGCUAGUAUGCCUGUAAGGGAGCUCUUUCAUUUCUCUUCACUGGUUCCUUAAGAAGUUUCUAUAGCUCUGGCAAAUUGUUUUAUCAUGUACCCAAUCCUGAAGCCAAAAGUCUAAGCAGUAUCCUUAUUUUUUUCAUACUCUCAUACCCCAUUCAUCCACAAAUCCUACAUCAUCUAUCUCCAAUAUGUACCCCAAAUUAAUUUAUACCUCUCCACCCUGCUACUUCUGCCCUAGUCUAAGCCAUCAUCAUCUUCCGCUAACCAUAUUCCAUAUCUACUAGCCCAUUUCUUCCUCACCAACUCCAUUUCAAAGUGCUGUCCUUCCUAUUCCUUAAACAAGUCAACCUCUCCACUUUCCCUGGGUUUGCUUUUCUGUUUUCCUACCUAGAAGACCCGGACUACUCAUCCAUACCCUUUUAUCCUAUGACUGAUUCCACCUCCUCCUUUAAGAAUCCCCUUUACUUUUAUCUGCCCUGUGGUAGCCCGCCACUUACCCUAUCACAUCACCUUGAUUACUUGUACUUAAUAAUUUAAAAUAUUUAACUUACUUUACUCAUCUAUCUACUAGUUUCGACUGUUUUUUUAAAUAAAAUUAUUUUUUACUGGCAAGUGUUUGCAGAAUAUGAUUGCAUUCCUCAGGGAGAGUCGGUAUAUACUCGUAACACAUCUUAAUUCUUUUUCAUCCCUUUCUCCUCUCCUCCCUCCCUCAAGUGUCUCUUUGCUGAGUAGAAUAUAAACCUGAUCAAACCAGAAACUGUGUCUUUUUAAUGUACAACUGUGUCUGCUGAAUCAAAAGGAUUAUCUGACAUGUUUCAGACAUUCAAUAAGUAUUUAUUAAAUAAUUGAAUGGAUGGAUAAUUAAGUAUAUGACUGAUGUCCAAUUCCACUGAGCUUCCCUAAGCUUUUCAUGUGUACCCAAAUAAUUCAUCUUCAGCCAUCAGUGAUAGCGUGAUAGCAAUUUAUCUUAACUUAUUCAUCGACUUAUGAGUCUACCUUAGACUGCUGAUCAGUCUCAUUAAUGUGAAUGCUGAUAAUAAAAUGCACUGGGCAGCUAAUAGGAAAAGCAAGGGCAAUGACGCUGAUAACACUCAGAAUGUCCUGGCUGAUGUGAUCAAUAUCUAAACAAAUGGUGUCCACCCGUCAGUCAUUCCUCCACUUCCUGCAGUUGAAUCUCACCGUCAGAUCCCUUCCAUCCUGAUCACUUUUCGUCCUAGUCCCUGUGGGAUUCCCCAUCUACGCAGAUGGGAGAUGUCAUGACACGAAGACUUUAAAAGCCCCAAAUUCAGAACAAGAUGAGAAAACUCACCAGAAGAGUUAAUGCUACCACAGGGCUCUGGAAAGGAGCAGAACAUGAAAGGACUCAGAGGUCUGUCAGCCACCACCUUGGCCCUUCUCCUGGUGUUUUCAGCCCUCGGAGACUCCCGCCGCGCUCCGCAGAGACCUUUGGAGAGAAGGAACUGGACUCCGCAAGCCAUGCUGUACCUGAAGGGGGCACAGGGGCGCCGCUUCCUCGCCGACCAGAGCCGCCGGAAGGACCUCUCUGACCGGCUGCCUCCAGAAAGACGAAGCCCAAAUCCCCAGUUACUGCCUCUUCCAGAGGCUGCAGCCCUGUUGCUGGCUUUGUUGCAGAAACCACAAGAAGACAGAGAAGAAAAGUUUGAUUCAAGCAGAUUCCGGGAGGACAUUCUGCUAACCUGGUGAAAAUAUACCAGAUAACAUUCAAGUAUGGAUCUGUUCUUGUUAGUAAUAUAAAAAAUGUGAAUAAAAUUGUUGAGCCCUUUUCACUCCAUUUGUAACCCUAGAAAUAUGCAUCACCUGUUUGAUUCUUUUGGACACUAACGAAAUGUAGAGUUCUUGCCUUUCUUCAUUGUUUCAGGUACUGUGUUGAUCACCUUGUGUCUUGCUCUUGAACUUUUUAGAGCAUUUCUAACAAUAAGGUUGAAGACUCUAAAGUGUUCUUUCUUUCUGUCACAGCCAGUACCUGUUUUGAUCUUAGUUGUUGGUUUUUCAUUGCAUUACCUAUCUGCAUUUUAUUAUUACUCAGCAAUGAUUCUCUUUUUUUCUUUUUUCUCAUCCCCAAGGAGGGGGAUAUACAUCAGGAUGAGAAAGAAUGUGUCUCUCUAUAGUUCAUCCAGGGCGAUAAGUUGUUAAGGGAAGUGGGAAGGGGAUGGCUGGCAAGAAACAUCGAGAAAAGAACACUUUGGUGUGGUUGCUGACAGAAGGUCACCGAGGCUGGAGGCAGUGGAAGGUUUCCUGAAGACCCACAGCUGAAAGCCACUUUGUGCUCUGAAGAGAUCCUCCAGAGUUCAGUUAAGAAAUACGGAUUUAAAUGUUCUAGAGAAAUAGGCAGAUGGAGAGACACUCUGCUCAUGUAUAUGUUGCACAAAAGGAAUGAACCAGUCUUGUAGAAAUAAACCAUUUUCCAUGUCUAAACAAACUCAGUGGAAUCCAACACUACUUACCACGAUUGCCUAGAUUUCUAGGCUUUAUUUGACACUAUAAAAUUACAUUAAGGUACCCUGAUAACACAGUGCAUGUGAUAUACCUAAUUUGCUUCUUUUCAAAGUCAACCUGGAUUCAAUAUCAUCUCAACAAACACACACAUACACACAAACGCACACACACACAUUCACCUACAGAAAUCAUAUUUUCCUACAGAAAUCAUAAUUUAUUUGGAAUUAAAAGAUCAUCAUGUUAUUUUUUUACCUGAUCAAUUCAGAGUUGUUCCUAAUAAAUGUCUUAAGUGGAAAGUAUUGUUAAUUCUUAUUGUCAGUAUGCAGCCAUUACUUAAGAACAAAGAAUAUCUUUUUUUAAUGUCUCUGUAACUUGAAAUAAUUUCACUGUUAAGUAACCAAUACCAUGCUUGUAACAUUGCCUGAAUCUUGUUUAAUAAUUGAAUAAUGAAACCAUACUCAAGUCAAUGUAAUAUUUAUCUCUGCCAAAAAAUAUACAAGUGAUUAAAAACUAUACAGCAUUACAGUA